CGAUAAUUCACACCAGUCGCCACACAUUCAGGAUAUUUGGAAGAAAGUAGUUAUUGGCAUUAUGAAUACCAGGAGCUGAAAACAGCUUUGAUAUGCUAUUCAAUCGUUGAUAAACACUCGCCCUCCGGCCUCGGAAUCGGGUCAGGCUACGUACCAUUCACCAGCCAGCACAGCCGGCCACUCUACCUCUGCACAGAGAGGCCAUGUUACAGUCUUAGGAUACUUUUGAUACACUGGAUCAGACCCUGAAAACCCGAAAAAAUGUCUUACAAUCUCACUCAAGUGCGGGAUCGAAGUGCUGCAGGCAGCGGACCAAAGUCUAUCAGUCUCUCCUCAGCCACAAUCGAAACUCGACUGUCAGGAAGUACUAUCCGCAUCAGCGUAGACCCCAGUAUUGGAAGUUCCGGAAGUCGUGUGUUUUCUGUGAUAUCAUCUUCUCUUGAAGGAGUCUUCGGGGACAGAAUACCCAGGUCCACUACCUUCUCGCAAGACGGGAAAGUGGUUAUAACUCAUCACGAAAGACGAAGGCAUGACCUCAGUCGGAACUUCUCUGAAUCGUCCUGGGCUGCUGCAGGGUUUCAACAGAAUCAGCCCAAAGAAAGGAUUGAAAGAAUAGAUAGAGCGCGUGGCUCAUCCUCUAUUCACAGUAUAAUUAAAUACCGUCGCUAUAAUUCGGUUACAGGAGAGAGGUAUGCUGGACUUACCGAGAUUACGACGCAUACUGGGUUGAAAGCUGGCAGUGCAAUCCAACGACCAACAAAAGUUGAUACCCAGGUUGUAGCAGCAACCCAAAUAACCCAACCACACGAGCAUGAGGAUUCCGGUAAACUGUCUAUAGAAACACGAGGUGAAGGGCUGGAAAACGAGACUAGAGGAUCCCGAAUAGUUCGGUUAGAUGCUAUUCCAGAAGAAGACCACGGGCUACCUGUUUUGUUACGAUCUGGUCCAUCUUCCGCAGCUCAUUCUAUGCCUUGGUCUGAUUCGGGAAGUGAAACAAGAGCAAGAGCAAGAGCAAAGAACUCCAAACUCGCUACUACAGAUACCAUUUCCACGUCUCUCGGUAGCAACAUAGCCUCCAGAUCAGAACCGCGUCCACGGAGACAUUCCCUGUAACUUUGUUGUAGCCUGGAAAGACGACGAACUCGUCAUGACGGAGAUAUCUCUGGAAUGACAGAGUAUGAUUCCACAGAAAAAUCUUGCCACCAACCAGGGUGGUUUGCUGUCUCGACUUACUCAACGAAUAUGAGGAUAGAACCUGGGAAUAUGGUCUGGAAAUGUCGACUACUCUCCUGCUUUCCAUCGAUACCCAUGCGCUGGGUGAUCAACAGGGAGGCCACUUUGUCCUUGUCUUGCAUAGACAUUCUCUCGAUACGUACCAUUCGGAACUUCGUAGUCAUCCCAGAACAAACCUCUUUUUCUCAAUUCUGGUAAUAACAGCUCUAUCACAUCAUUGAAAGAGCCAGGCGUGAUUGCAUAUGCCUUUUCGGAGGAUCAGCAGAAAAUCAGACAACCUUGGUAGAAGGACUUACGAUAUUGAAGCCAUCGACAUCGCCUUCUUCAACCCAGUUCUCAAACACAUCCGCAACCUGCUCGGGAGUUCCAACAACAGUCGCUCCCAAGCCACCUACCAUCAAGUGUCUCGCAACAGUAUGCUUUGUCCAUUUCGCAACACCUGGGCUAGCUUUGGACCAUCCUUCGACUGCAGACCUGGAUAAAUAUCAAUACAAGAU